CCUGUGCUGAGGCUUUCGCGAAGCAAAAAUGUCUGCCUAAGGGAAACUCGCAAGUUACAUACAGAGGAUAUUUGCUAAAUAUUAUUCCUUCAAGGUUGACUUUGUCGUUUGUCAGACACGCAAAGGGACGCCAGGCCAGCCGUAGACACACCAGAGCGCCCUAGUCGGAUUUUCUAACGAGAAAAGAAUUAGUUAAAGACCGCCAGGAUGAACCCUCAUCAGCGGGUUGCCGCGCUCGGUACGGAUAAGGAGUUGAGCGACCUGCUGGACUUCAGUGCGAUGUUCAGUCCGCCGGUGGGUGGUGGCAAGAACAGGCCCUCUACUCUCAGAGAGUUCACAGCACCAGAGGAGCGGUCCAGCCAGGCGUCUUGGAGUGGAGACCAGUCGAGCCCCACCUACGACUCCCCCAGGGCCUUUCCUGCGUCUCCUCAUUAUGUGGAUCCCCUGGCUGACAGCAGACUGGGUGCUCAGGAGGGGCUCUCCCCCACACCCUUCAUCAGCCCCAACACCAUUGAUCUACAAACAAAGAAAGUGCGCAAGGUUCCUCCCGGCCUGCCAUCAUCGACCUUCACUCUGGUGCCUCUGGAGUGCGAAGCAGGGGACACAGAUUAG